AUGAGCUCCAGAACAUGGGACUACAUUGCCAAAAUAGUCAUGAUUGGUGACUCAGCCUGCGGCAAGUCUUCACUUACAAUCAGACUAACUGAUGACCGCUUUUCUCAAGUCCACGACGUCACAAUCGCCGCAGAAAUCGGCAGCAAAAUCGUUUCUGUAGGCACAGCAGGCGAACACAUGAAGCUGCAAAUCUGGGAUACAGCUGGUCAAGAACAUUUCCGUGCAGUCACUCGCUCCUACUUCCGAAACGCGGCUGGAUGUCUUCUUGUUUACGACGUCACUCGCAGAUCAACAUUUGUCCAUGCAAAAGAGUGGCUCGAUGACAUUCGAACACAGGCUGAUGAUGAUAUUGCAAUUUGCCUUGUGGGCAAUAAAACAGAUUUAGUAGAAGAUCCAGAAGAACAAGAACGAGAACAAGAAGAACAAUCACAAAAUGAUACCACAAAAACAAGUAAUAUACAAUCUCCCCGGCAGGCCCGGGCUCCACGACAAGUGACAUAUGAUGAAGCCAACAAAUGGGCGCGCGAAAACAAUAUUUUUACAUUUGUCGAGACUAGUGCAAAAGACGGCAGCAACGUGUUGGAAGCAUAUUCUCGCGUAUCAAACGAAAUCCACCGCAAAAUCGUGAGCGGCCAGUACGAUCUUAAUGAUCGCUCGCAUGGAAUUAAAGCGGCAGGAACAAAACGGGUAGGAACCGGAGGUGGCGGAGGUGGUGGUGGCGGUAGGCUUGUGAAACUAUCAAUGGACGCAGCUGGUCAAAAUUCAGGAUCCAAAGAGUCUAGCAAUUCAUGUUGUUGA